AUUCCAACGACAUCUCUACUUCGAUCACGAUCUCUGUUGCGACGUUUGCGUUCUCGAGAUUGCAUCGGAUGUUUGUCCGGUUGCGCGAUGGCUGAUAUACGGAGCCAGUUGUUUGCUAAUAUCAAGAAGUCGUGGUUGGGAGGAGCGUUCGUUGCCUUCUUUGUGUUUUGGAUCACGUUGUGGGCAAUUGAUUCGCAUCGAACAAACAGAUUACUGACCCAAAGUAUCGGGUCGCCGUCAUAUCCAUCAAGUUUAGCAACCCCACUUGGUACGGAUUCGAAUCGGCCAUUGAUCCUCUACGCAUUCUUUGAUAGUCAGAAUGCACGCAUGAACCUCCGGUUCUUCAUUGCACAUGCUCUUCAUGAUGCCGCCGAUUUUAUGUUUAUCUUCAAUGGCGAGACUGAUGCUAUGAAUUUGCUUCCAAAUGCAACGAAUAUUCGCUUCGUUCAGAGACCGAACGAAUGUUACGACCUGGGGUCUUAUGCAGCUGUACUUGUUGCUGAUGACUUGUACAAGCAGUACAGCCGUUUCAUUUUGAUGAAUGCUAGUAUCCGAGGACCGUUUAUACCGUAUUGGUCUGAAGGCUGCUGGAGUGAUAUGUACUUGGACAAGAUCACGGAUUCUGUAAAACUUGUCGGAAUGACACUAAACUGCAUCCCAAUCAACCACCUCCAAUCCAUGAUCCUAGCGACUGACACCCUCGGCCUCACGACCCUCCUCUUCCCCACCAACGCAACCAUCGCCACCUUCCGCGCCUCCCUCCCGCCCUACCCCUACACCAACAUACCACCCAACAGCCCCGCCGUCAACGUGCCCCCCAUCGAGCACCCAGGCAUCAACUCCUGCCCGAACGAAUACUGGCACGCCGUCUCAGUCGAGGUCCAUGCUAGCGCCCUGAUAAAAGCCGCUGGCUAUAAGAUCGACGCCAUGAUGGCGGCGUUUCACAAGAGUGAGACGUAUGAGGAGGAGUGCGAGGGAGAUGUUGAUAGUCCGGAUGUGCUUUAUGAGGAGAGUUAUUAUGGGACGAAUUUGCAUCCGUUUGAUACGGUUUUUGCGAAGAGUAAUCGGGGGACGAAUGAGAUGGUGCUGAGAAGGUUGACGGAGUGGACGGAUGGGAGGGGAUAUAGUAGUUAUGAUUUCUGUCGGGCGAGGAAGUGAGG